CAGAUUGAACGUGUCGGCUGCCUAUACUGGAGCAGGGCAGUAACAUCCUCGUUCCACACUCAAAGCUACAUCCUCUCGAUUAAAGAGGCAAGCUAUCAGUAGAGAUGGUCAACUCACGCCCCCACAGACUCUACGCAAAGGGCCGGGUUCUCGGAUUCCGUCGCUCCAAGCGCAACGUGAAGGAGCACACCUCUCUCCUCCAGAUCGAGGGUGUCCGCAGCACCGAGGACACUGACUUCUACCUCGGCAAGCGUGUUGCCUACGUAUACAAAGCCAAGCGGGUCAUUGAUGGCAGUCGGAUUCGUGUCAUUUGGGGGCGUGUCACCCGCUCGCACGGAACGUCUGGUGUUGUGAGGGCCAAGUUCAGGUCCAACCUUCCUCCUCGUAGCUUCGGUGCCAGUGUCAGGAUUAUGUUGUACCCAUCCCGCGUGUAAGCGCUUCUCGAAUAGUCGUAUUCACAGUCGAUGUAACACGUGUGUGGUGUAUAAUAUAUGGCCUUGAGGGGA